GAAAAAUGAUUCGAACUCUCAAAAUAUUUACAAUUUGAAGACAUUGUCAAAAAAGGAUUUUCCGUGAUAUUCCUUUAUUUCCUUGUUAUUAUUUAAGGCAGAUAUUAUAUUAUGAGAUCUUAAAAUGUGGUUUGACAGUAGCUCGAUAGCAAAUCUCGCUAAAAACGCGUUAAAAGAAGCACAAAAGCAUAUCGACAAUGUUUUGGACAUUAAAGAGGAUCAGGAAACUGAAUCCAUCAGUGAUGAUUGUAAAAUAGUCAAGAGUAAAACGAUGUCUUCUAUUAAUGAAAACAUUAACAAAGAAGAAGGGUCAAAGGAAGUCUCUGGUUGGGAAUCAUUUAAUGAGAAUUUUUAUGAGGAUAAGUCAACGUCAUCACAUCCAGUAACAAAUCCGCCUCUCGUGAUAUGUGAUCGAAGCUCUGAAUCUUUGGAUAUUAUUAGUAGAACGCCAUCAAGUCUGCCAUCACCCUUAGAUCAACAGGAUAGUAAUUCAAGAUCAAUAUUGCAUCUAUCAGGACCAAAUUCUGGUGAUGAUUCAGUUGAAAUCAUAAAUAAAACAUUGUCAAUUGUAGAAAUGUCGUCGUCUAGUCAAUGUUCACCUGAACGGACAGAAAGUAUAGAAGAUGAUAUAAGUAAUAUUAACAUGUCCCCUGAUGAAGUUUCAAGCAGCAACCCAACAACAAUUCUCCCAUCAAAAGUAAUAUUGGCCAAUCAACAAGAUAUUGAUGGAACUGCCAAUACUUUGUCACUUUCCGACAAUACUUUAACUAAUUCUGAAACUGACAGUUUUUAUGACCCCUCUAAAGAAGAAUUAGAUCAAGCAGCAAAAACAACUACCAAUGUCAUGGAUAAAUCAAUUGAAAGUUUUGAAAUUCAAACACAAGUGUCAGAUUCAACACACAGUUUCGAAGAAAUUCAGCAUCCAUCCAAAGCAAAACUUUUUACUGACGUUGCAAAAUGUGAUGAAAGGAAAGAGUCUUCCGGUGAUGAAUUAGAAACUGCCACAUCAUCAGAUAUUGAGAUAAUAAGUUCACCAAACUGCGAUUCAAGUAGCACAAAUAGCUGCAGCAAAAUAAGCCCAAAAUCUGAUUUUCCUUACCAAAAUUCUGAUUUAUUAUUGGAAGAUUUGAACUUAGAUAGAAAAGGCCAUAGUCGAGAGUUAUCUGAAGUGUCCGUUUUGAGUUUAAUAAGUGAUGAAUCCCUUGGAUCGCCUGUGGAGACGGAGAAACUUCUAAAACGCAUAAGCGAGCUUAUGGAGACACUUGAACAACGUGAAUACAAGAUGGUUCAAAUGGGGAGAAGUAAUGCUGAGCUUGUUGAAAUCAAUGCUCGAUUAACGAAUGAGCUGGACGGUACGAGAAGAAAUUGCAAUAGCUUAGAGAUGACAAAUGUACAAGAAGAGUACACGCAACGCUUAUCGGCUUUAGAAAAAAAAUUUCAACAAUCAAUUCGUGAUAAUGGUUCAUUAAAGAAGCAACUUGAGACAUUGAAAUCUGAGAUGAGCACAAUGGUAAACAGAAUUGAUUACGAAAAAUUUACUUCGGAAAAAGAUUUUGUAAUCGAAGCAUUAAAAAGUGAAGGUGAAAAGCUUUCAAAGCAAAUUUUACAACAUUCCAAUGUAAUCAAGAAACUUCGAUUCAAAUUGAAGGAAGACGAAGAAAAGCUAAAAAUGCAAAGCGAUGAAAUUGCGCAAUUAACAGAAGAUAACCAAAAAUAUAAAAAAACGUUAGCAACAAGAGAAGAAAUAGAAAAAUCACAAAACGAAGGAAUAAACAAGUUAACGACUGAGAAAAGACGACUUGAAAAGGAAAAUCAACAGCUUAAGAGUCAAAAUGAAGAUUUUCGAGAAAAAUUAGCAGUUCUUCAAACAUCUUUUGAUGUACUGAAAAAAGAAUCGAGUGAAAAAAGUGAUGAAAUUGUAAAGAAUCUUGAAGUGAAACUUGACAAUGAAAAAGAUAAAAAUCAACAGAUAAUGAGAGAAUUAUCUGAUUUAAGACUAAAGAUUCGUGAAAUAGAGUCAUUGGCAAUAGCUCGAGAACAGAAAUUACGACAGGAAAAUAUUGAUUUGAAGCAGAAACUUGAAGAAACUGAAUUUAGGAUUGAAGAUCAGAAACAAGAAGCUUCUCUUUCUUCAAUCCCUUUAAUUAAACAACUUGAAUCAUUACAGACGACACUAAAUGUACGAAGUAAACAUUGGGAAAGUCAAGAGAGGACUCUCUUGGAUAAGUUAGAAGUAUCUGAACAUCAAUUAUCAUCUCAUUUGGAAACGGAAAGAAAUACUAAAGAUCAAUUUACUCAUUUGCAUUUGAAGAUUUCAAAUCUUGAAGAAAAAUUGUCUAAAGCAAAUCUCAAAGUUGAGCAAUCGACUGGACAAUUACAGCAAAAAGAAAUUGAAUUCAAUCUCCACGAAAAUGAAAACAAAUUGAAAAUUGAUCAAUUGAAAAUGGAACUGUCAACUAAAUCAAAUGAUAUCGAGAACCUCAAAAUUCUUUUAACAGAGACCGAAGAAAAACUGCGAAUCCUACGUGAGGAAUAUGACAAAGAUAAAAAGAAGCUGUCUUUAAAUCUUCAUCAAGAUCAUCGUUCAUUCCAUCAUAUAGAACAUCAAGAAUCACAAGAACAUGAGCAACAAGGAAAUUCAUCACCAGUUCCUAGUCUUGGAAGUAUUGAAUCACUUCAUUCUUCUCAUCCUUGGAAUAAGGACUUCAACGAACCUGGAUUUAAUUCUAUCUACAGUAGUCAGUAUGGUGGAGUCGUAUCAUCUACAUCUCUAAUGGAAGGACUUCAAUCUGUACUUAAACAACGGGAAGGUGAAAUACAACAACUCCAAUGGGAAAUUAAUCGACUACAAACUGAAAAGAAUUUUCUUUCUGAUGAGAUAAGCACGUUAACUGUUGAAUUAGAAAAGUUGACAGAAGAAAUUAAGGAUUAUGCUUUGAAGCAAGAGAAGUUUGAAGAAGUUCAAAUUCAUUACGACGCCGUCCUUGAAAUGUUUGGACAAAAGGUUGAAGAAUAUGAAGAGUUAAAACUUGAUCUUGAGGAUUUAAAAACAAUAUCUCAUAUUCAAAAGACGCAGAUCGAUGACCUAACACAAAAACUUAACGAUAUAAAACCAACAUGAAAAAAAGGUGCAAUAGCGUUUAAUCUUAAAUCAUUAGUAUUAUUAUUUGGUAAAAAAGUAAAUAUUUAAAAAUUUGUAAUGAUUUUAAAGAUCAAUCAUUGGAUUGAUAAAUAAAUAAAGAAAACUUUUUAUUUCACCAUCUCUAAAUUAUGAACUUUUUUCUGAUGUUUUUUGAGUGACGUUUGACGGUAAUAUUUUUGUUUGCAGAAUUGGCAUUCAAAAUUAGCUUCAGCAUGUGGAUUGUGAAUUAUCAUGUGAGAAUGGAGUUUAACAGAAGUUUUGAACAUUUCAUUACAAUCCGGAAAUGAACAGGAAUGAAUCUUUCCCGUGUAGUGAAUGAAGGCAUGUCUUCGUAGAUCACAAUUUCUUAUGAAAGUUAAUUUGCAUUGUUGACAACUGUAAAUUUUGCCGAUUGGCUUUUUCUCAUGAAUUCUUUGAAUAUGUUCAUUAAGCACUUGCUUUGUUGAGUAGUUUUUGUUACAUUGAAGGCAUAAAAAAAUAUUUGUUUUAGAUCUUUGUUUAUGCCAUUUUAUAUGUCGUUCGAUAUUUGGAAGAAACUUAUUACAAAUCGAACAUUCUUCUGGCUUUUCAUGAAUUUUUAAAUGAUUCUUUAAGUUAUUUUUAGAUUUGAAGUGUUUUUCACAUAAAUUACAUUGAAAUUUUCUCUCAUCAGAAUUAAACAUUUUUAAAUGUUUUAAUCGACAUUUAACUUUUUGUUGACAACAAUCACAGUUUUGCUUCUGAUUACUUAUAUGUAGUUUCAUAUGCUUUCGAAGUUUUAACAAAGAAUUAGUCGUUCCACCACAAGAGUCACAUAAGAACUGUUUGUUUUUUGGUACUCUUUGAUUUUGCAAGAUAUUUGUUUUAUUUUUGCUAUCACAAUUAGUCAUACUAAAAACUGUGUGUUGAAAAUUUUUUUGGACAUUCAUUUCAACAAAUUCUUCAACUCGUUUUGGCGGUGCGAUAAUUUCAAUCUUUGAUGAUGCGGAUUUUUUAUUUGUAUGUGGUUUCAAUUUAAAACUGUGAAUUUCAAUAUUUUUCUUAGGGAUUGUUUUUUCUUUUUUACUAUGCUUAAGUUUAUUUGUACAUAGUUCUGCAUAUUGCAUCUUCGCUUUGCUACUGAUGUUGUCAAGAUCAUCUUUUGAUUUUGAAAGCAUUGAAUGUUUCACACAUCUCUUUUUGUGUUUUGAAUAGUUUGAACUUUGAUGAAAUUUACGAUUGCAGUUGUUACAAGUAAACUUCGGUGAAUUAUGAAUCAUUGUAUGAUUUCGUAAUUGUCUUGAUGUUUUGAAGAAUUUAUCACAAGCUUCAAUGGGACAAACAUACAACAUUCCCGAGUAAUGUUGGAAAGAAUGACUUCUAAGUUCUUCCUUAGUUAAAAAUAUUAAAUUACAUGAUUGACAUACAAAUGCUGGACUACUGCGUUUUUUGUGGAUCAUUCUUUCGUGAGAAUUACGAUGUACAGCAGUUGGAAAAAUCCUGAUACAAAAUCGGCAAUGAUAGUUUGACCUAGGUUGUGUAGAUAAUAUAAGUUGUGUGUUGUCAGGCUCAUGUUUCAGGUAAACAUGUCGUUGAAAAUUUUCAUAUGUUGAUAUUUCGGCUCCACAAUAAUGACAAACAUACUUUUCAAAAUGAGUUUUAAGAUGUUUAAGAAGGCUUGCUUUACAGCUAUAUGCUUUGCAGCAUCCUUUACAUAUAAACUUGAGUAUGUGUAAUUUGUUAAAGUGACUUUCCAAACUUUCUUUCAUUUUCAUUUUAAUUCCACAAAGAUCACAGGUAAAAGAAGGUUGCCUAAUAGAAUCAUUUGAUUCUUUCAAUAGAACGGCAUCU